UUCUUCCCCAGGUGUGAUGGACCUCAGCUUCGAGGCCGAGAGUCCUCUGGCGCCCCCGGCUGAACUCCUGGAGAGGCUGCCCAGCUGUGACUGCCUUCUUCAAGGGGACAGAUGCUGCCGGUCUUGGAACCCAGGAUGCCAGAUAUUCUUCCCACCUUCGGAGGCCCCGGGGAGGCCCCGGGAACAAAGGUGCUGGUCUUCGUUUCUGGAACACAGAGUCCCCGUGGUGACAGAGGAGGUGGCCCGGGAAGCCCUCCUCAGCUUCGUGGACUCCAAGUGCUGCUACAGCAGUGCGGCCGCCGGUGACCUCGUCAUCCUGGAGCUGAAGCAGCAGGUCCUGCGCAGGUAUCGACUAGAAACCUUCAGUGAAUCCAGGAUAAGUGAAUGGACUUUUCGGCCCUUUACCAACCACUCCGUGGAUGGGCCACAAAGAGGGACCUCCCCCAGGCUUUGGGACAUCAAGGUCCAGGUUCCCCCGAUGUUUCAGGAAGAUACCAGGAAGUUCCAAGUCCCUCACUCAUCGUUGGUCAAGGAAUGCCACAAAUGCCACGGGCACGGGCGCUACAAGUGCAGCAGCUGCCACGGGGCCGGCACGGUGCGGUGCCCCGCAUGCAGCCGGGCCAAGCGCAGAGCCAGGCCCGCCCGGCGGUGUCAGAUGUGCUCGGGGUCCGGCAGGCAGAGAUGCAGCACAUGCUCAGGGAGGGGGAACAAGACCUGUGCCACCUGCAAGGGCGAGAAGAAACUGCUGCACUUCCUCCAGCUGGUCAUCGUGUGGAAGAACAGCCUGUUUGAGUUUGUGUCUGAGCACCAGCUGGCCUGCCCCGGGGACCUGCUUGCUAAAGCCAGAGGAGAGACACUCUUUAAGGAUGAAAACACGAUGGUGUACCCCAUCGUGGACUUCCCCCUGCGGGAAAUCUCUCUGGCCUCCCAGCGGGGUAUCGCCGAGCACAGCGCUGCGCUGGCCUCCCGAGCCCGCGUGCUGCAGCAGCGCCAGACCAUUGAACUGGUCCCCCUCACGGAAGUUCGUUACUGGUACCAAGGAAAGACGUACGUCUACUACAUCUACGGCACCGACCACAAAGUGUACGUGGUGGAUUACCCCGAGAGGUACUGCUGUGGCUGCACCAUCAUCUGACGUCGCACAUCUGCCCCCAGAGCCCGCCACUCACGUUUGCCCAGGAGAUUGGCCGAGGUCUCUGAGUUGACUCACUGUUGGCUCCUCUGGACAAUUGCAUGCAAACCCGGGUGUGUCCUUCCAGAGAAUUCAGCUCCUCUGUCAAGCUACAAGUCCUUCUGGAGCCCGUCUGGCGGAAUCUAUCACGUGUCUAAGCUACAAGAAUUCAUCUACACACAUUGCUUUAGGAGAAAUAACUUAAGCAGUGGGGGCUUUGCCUCUGGCCUGUGAACUAAAGCCCUGAUUGAGCGCGGGGUUGAUUUUACUUUUCCCUCGGUCAGUCUCAGUUCUGGUGUGUCUCUGCUAGUCUGGGCCUUUUGUGGAGCUGAGUGAUUCUGAAAUGUUGAAAGAUAGACAGAAAUUAGCUGCCUCUUACGCACACCAACUAGUGCACUUAGGCAAAAAUGUACACCAUUUUACUCCUCAUUCUGUGGGUCAGGAAUUCAGACACAGCCAUGGUGGGAUGGCUUAUCUCUGUUCCAUGACAUCUGGUGCCUCACCUGGAAGUAUCAAAGGCUGGGGUGGCUCAAGGGCAGGGGCGCUGAAGGCUGGUUCACCCAGAUGCCUGGUGGUCGAUGGCGGCUUUCGGCUGGAACACCUACAUGGGGCCUCCCCGUGCGGCGUGGGCUUCCUCACAGCAUGGCGGCUCUCAGGGUAAGCACCCCACACGUGUGCCCCAAUUAAAGAGACAGAGCUCUGUUCCCAGACUGGAGAACGAACCCGCUGUGUUGGAUAGACCAAGGGUCUGUAUGCUAAUCUCUAACGUGGUGCCUGUGCAUGGGUAAAUUUUAGAGAGUGCUUUUGGGUAUAUGCAGGUUCUUACAUCACGUGCUGACCUUAGAACCUGCGCACCGAGUAGAAGGUGACCUGGAUGUCCUGUGUACCCAGUCCCAGGCAGGAACUCCCACCUGGUGCAGUGAGGCUGGGUGGGUGGAGGGGACACCCUGCACACUGAAUGCCCGGUUGGCUUUGGAGGGGUGGUUCGGGGGCUGCGUGAGCCACCGUGUACCUGAUUGUGAGUAACCGGAUGUCCCUGUCAUCUUACAAUGCCUGCCCCCACCCGGAAGGGGAGUGCUACACCCCAGGAGGGCCAGUCCGUACCCUCUUGAUCCCCAAGCUCCUGCUGGCCUGCAGCCCUCGUCCCCCAUAGGGCAGAAGCACGUGGACAUAAGAGGCCUGGCUGGGGAGGCUCAGGUGGAGGAGGGGUGGUCUGAGGCCAUUCCCCUGGGGCCUCGUACAAAUGGAGGGGACGGUUUUUGGCUGUUGCCAUCGUUGGUGGACGGAGCCCAGGAAAGCGGCGCAUCCCGCAGUGCUCGGGGACGUCAGCGCAGUGGAGUGGCAUUCCACGGGUUACGGGGCUGGCAGAUACCCCGCUGACACUCAUGGAGAAAUUACUUCUACAAGGUCUCAUCGGUUAUUGCUUAAUGCAGUGCGGAUUUUUAUUUGGUGUUCGCCUCUGUUCUUUGAUUUUCUGCUGUGUCUUGUUUGAAACGGCUUCUGAUCCUCUCCCUUCUCUCACGUACAAACUUGGACCUCUGGCACCUUCGCUGGGGUUCCGCGGGCCGCCGUGCUUGAGCUUCACAGACUGAAAUACAUGUAUUAAAACACUGCUUUCUUCUUAUUUCUCCUUUAUGUUUCCGUUUGGGCAUUAAAUUGC